AUGAUUGCACAGGUGUUGUUCGUACUUGGUUUGACGAUUUUCGGUGGAUACGCCAUCCCCAUCGAUCCGUACGGAUCCUCAUUGCUGUCGUCACCGGGCAUUUCUUAUGCGGCACCGAAUUUAUUGACAUCUUCAAUUUCGCUGGCUCCCAAGGUCCUGGCCGCACCCGCAAUCUCUACAGCCGUAAUCCAGCACGCAGCGCCUACUCUGUUGGCGUCACCAGGCUUAGCCGUCGCCAAGGUAGCGGUGCCGGAGCCAUACGAUCCUAAUCCUCAGUACAGCUUCUCCUACGGCGUCACCGACCAGAAAACUGGCGACUCGAAACAGCAGUCCGAGACGCUGGUCAACGGCGUAGUCCAGGGCAGUUAUUCAUUGGCGGAACCCGACGGCACCAUUCGCAAGGUAACAUACACGGCGGACAAAGUUAACGGAUUUAAUGCCAUCGUCGAAAAGAAAGGCGUGGCUGUGGUCGCCAAACCCGCUCUUGCUGUUCAAGCGAUACCUGCCAUUACCAAGGUUGCGUAUGCUGCGCCCGCCAUUACUAAGAUUGGAUUAGGCUUAGCACCGGCCCUUUCACCCGGUCUAAGCCUGGGACACUAUUAA